AUGUCUAAGAAGAACGACGAUCUCCUGCGGCGCCCGCUCUAUGUCUAUGAUCUGCCGUCCGAGGUCCUAGACACCUUGACCCAAAAGUCAGAUGCCGACACUGACGCCAUCUCGGCCGUCGAUCCCACGAGCCCAUCCUCAGAAAGCUCCGCGACAUCCGACGGCAAUCUUGUUGGUAGCCAGGCCUGCUCGCUCUGCGGCCUCACCUUCACAACCCUCCUCGACCAGCGCGGCCACCUAAAAUCCGACCUACACCACUACAACCUCAAGCAGAAGCUACGCGGGCAGAAGCCUGUAUCGGAAGCCGAGUUUGAGAAGUUGAUCGGAAACCUCGACGAGUCCCUGUCGGGAUCAGACUCGGACGACGAGGAGGAUGAAGAGGAGGACGGCCGACAGGAAUCGACGCUCACAGCCCUGCUGAAGAAGCAAGCGAAACUGGCAGAUAAAAGAGACGGUGGAAAUGACGAUGAAGAUGAGAGCGCAGCCAAGAAGAAUCGCGGCAAACCACCACUGUUCUGGUUCAGCACUCCUGCUCUCCCAGAGAAUACCUACUUUGGCAUGUACCGCGCCAUUCUCACCGGAGAGGAGCUACGGAAUUCCGACCUAGUCGAGGUCCUGAAAAAGAAGCAGGUGGCGCCCAUAUCAAUGCCCAGGAUCCCCAAGGACGGCACGCUCCCAGAGUUUGCUUACAAGGGUCCACACAUCUUCCUCUGCAUGAUCGGCGGUGGCCACUUUGCAGCAAUGGUCGUGUCACUCGCGCCACGGCCGACAAAGGGCGGAACCACCAUGAAUCGGGAGGCAACGGUGCUCGCACACAAGACAUUCCACCGAUAUACAACGCGACGGAAACAGGGUGGCUCGCAGUCGGCCAACGACAACGCCAAGGGUACUGCGCACUCGGCUGGUUCGAGCUUGCGUCGUUACAACGAGCAGGCCUUGGUGGAGGAUGUACGGGCCCUCCUCUCCGACUGGAAAGCCCUCCUGGAUACAGCUGAGCUGCACUUUAUCCGGGCAACUGGCACUACGAAUCGGAGGACGCUGUUCGGCCCGUACGACGGCCAGGUCCUGAAGCACAAUGACACACGUCUACGGGGCUUCCCCUUCAGCACUAGGAGAGCAACGCAGAAUGAGCUUAUGCGGUCAUUCAUCGAGUUGACGCGAUUAAAGGUUCGCGAAAUCGACCCUGCCCAGGAGGCCAAGGAAGCCGAGCCUGCAGCGCCGAAAAGGGCUACAGAGUCAAAACCCGCGAAGCCGAAGCUGUCGGAGGAGGAAGAGACGGCAUUGCUCCAUACAUCACAGCUCCAAGCGUUCACCCGAAGAUCAAAACUGCCGGCGCUCUUGUCAUACCUCAAAAACAACACCGUCAGCCCAGACUUUGAGUUCCAGCCUACAGAGCAAAACCACCACGCCCCUCGGCCGCUCCAUCUCGCCGCUGCUCAAAAUGCUGCGCCGCUUGUGUUGGGGCUCCUCGCGCGGGGUGGCGCAGAUCCCACGAUCACGAACAAGGAAGGCAAGACGCCGUUCGAACUCGCCGGCGAUCGCUCAACUCGAGAUGCCUUCCGCGUUGCCCGUUCGGAGCUUGGCGAAGCCAAGUGGCCCUGGGACGCCGCCAAGGUGCCUCCUCCCAUGACCAAGGCCGAGGCGGAUCAGCGCGACGAGAGGGAGAAGAAAGAGGCGGACAAGCAAGAGGCUGAUCGACGGCGGGCAGAGGAGGAGCGUCUGCGAUCUGAAGGUCCCAAGGUGACGGAGAGCCGGAAACCCAAGGGCAAUACGCUCGCGGCGGGUCUAACAAAGACGCCGCAAGAACGGAGAGAGGCUGAGGCGCGUGGUCUAACGCCGGAGAUGAGGGUACGACUCGAGCGAGAGCGGAGGGCAAGAGCCGCGGAGGAGAGGAUGCGCAAGCUACAAGGUGGGGAAUGA